CUCAUGGCACAUCCAGCGCUAUCUUCUUCUAUCACUUACAAAUGGACUUAUGAUGUGUUCCUUAGUUUUUAUGGUGAUGAUACUCGCUUAGGCUUCACUAGCUAUCUCUACCAUUCUCUGCAUCAAAGCGGAAUUCGCGCCUUUCGCGAUGAUGAAUUCAUUAGGAUUGGAGAAAAUAUCACACCCGCGCUUUUUGAAGCUAUACAAAAAUCAAGAAUAGCCAUCAUAGUUUUCUCAAAAAACUAUGCAAACUCAACAUUUUGUUUGCGAGAACUUGAAGAGAUUCUGGAGUGCUUCAAGGAAGAGAGUCGGUUGAUAUAUCCAGUAUUUUAUUAUGUGGAUCCAUCAGAACUACGAUGUCCCAGAGAAAGCUAUGCAGCAGCAUUGGCUCGACUGGAGGAAAGAUUCGAGGACAAUCUGCACAAGGUGGAAAAAUGGAGGCUCGCUCUGUCUCAAGCUGCUGACCUCAGAGGCUGUCAUCUCAAACCCAAGAUUGCCAAUGAACAAGAGUUUGUUACAAGGAUCACGAAUGUUGUUGCUGCUAGGAUUAACCGGUUGCGUUUAGAUAUUGCAAAAUAUCCCGUUGGACUUGUGGCUCGAGCCAAGAGAGUUAUCUCUUGUUUAGAUCUUUGGUCCGCAAAGGAAAUUAAAAUGAUAGGAAUUUGGGGAGCUGGUGGAAUAGGUAAAUCAACUAUUGCUAGGGCUGUAUAUAAUUCAAUUGCUGAUAAUUUUGAAGGCUUGUGUUUUCUUUCUAGUGUAAGAAAGCGCUCCAAAAUGCCACAUGGUUUGCCACAUCUUCAAGAGACAUUAUUGCGUGAAUUAGUCAUGGAGGAAGAUCUCAAACUGAAUGAUUAUCAUGAGGGAAUACCAAUAAUAGAGCAUAGGCUUAGUCAGAAGAAGAUUCUUUUGAUUCUUGAUGAUGUUGACGAAUUAAAUCAAUUAGACGCACUUGCUGGAAGUUGCAAUUGGUUUGGUUGUGGAAGUAGAAUUAUCAUCACGACCAGAGAUAAGCAAUUACUUGUAAGUCAUGGUGUUACAAGCAUUGAUGAAGUCAAGGAAUUAAAUUAUGAGGAAUCUCUUAAGUUGCUUAGCUGGUGUGCAUUUAAAAAAGAAAAUGUGGAUUCCAACAACAUGGAGGCUUGCAAUCGUGCAAUACGUUAUUCGUGUGGCUUUCCAUUAGUUUUAGAAUUGAUUGCUUCUAAAUUGUGCGGCAAAAGAGUUAAUCUCUGGAGUGCUGCAUUGGAUAUAUUAAAAAGCACACCAGAUCAAAGAGUUCUGGAUGCCUUGAAAUUAAGCUAUGAUAGUUUAGGGGAAGUAGAGAAACAAGUUUUCCUUGACUUGGCUUGUUUUUUCAAUGGUGAGAAGUUAGCAUAUGUCAUUCAUAUCUUGCAAUGUGUUCGGGGGAUCCAACAGCCAGAAUAUGUUAUUGAAGUGCUGAUUGAUAAAUCCCUUGUAAAGCUUGAACAAGAUGUUGUAACAAUGCAUGACUUAAUAGAAGAUGCCGGUAAAGAGAUUGUUCGACAAGAAUCAUCAUAUCAGCUUGGUAAACAAAACAGAUUAUGGUCCUAUCAAGACAUCCUUCAUGUCUUAGAACAAGACAAAGUAAGAUCACCAACAUGUACUCUUCAAUUUCUAUGAAAAAUUCCUAAUG